CACGAGUAAGCUACGCGUAUUGGCCGAGCUAGGAUUUUGGAGUGUUACGCUGCAGUACCGGUACAGCAGUGGCAAAAAAAACGAAAAAAAAGAGAGAAAUCAUUCGCUGGAUAUAAUAAUUUGACCUAUCUCGUGUUCGAAGAUGUCAGAUGAGGCUGUUCAAUCUACAAACGAUGAUGCUGCAAUGUGUAAAAGGUUUGCUGUGCAGCAAGGAUACUGGAAAGAUCCAUACAUCCAGCUUCUUGUCAAGAGUGGUCAGAGAAGAGCACCAGAGAUAAAUAGAGGAUACUAUGCAAGGACUCAAGGCAUGCAAACCCUCCUGGUUCAGUUCCUUCAGCUUACUAAGAAGUCCUGUCAGGUCAUCAACCUGGGUGCUGGCUUUGAUUCACUCUUCUGGAGACUCAAGGAUGAAGACUUGCUUCCUGAUCUCUAUGUAGAGGUGGACUUUAGACCAGUGACAAGUAGGAAAUGUCAGAAUGUGAGAACACGCCAAAAACUGAUACAGAAUGUUCAAGAAACCUGCGAAGGCAAGAGCGUUGUAAUCGAGGAAGCUCAACUCCAUUCACCCAAGUAUCACAUUUUGUGGGGAGAUUUAAGAAAUGUCGAGGAGCUAGAGAAUAAACUCAGCAAAGAAGCCGGUAUUGAUUUCAGCAAGCCCACAUUCUUUAUGACCGAGUGCGUCCUGGUAUACCUCCACCAUGAGAAAUCCAACUCGCUCCUCAGAUGGAUCAACAGCAAGUUUCCUCAGGCUUAUUUUGCUAACUAUGAGCAGGUGAACAUGGCGGAUAAGUUUGGUAUAGUGAUGGCUGAAAACCUCAAGACAAGGGGGUGUACUCUAGAAGGGGUUGCACCUUGUAAAGAUCUUGAUACACAGAAAAGUCGCUUCACCACAGCCGGGUGGCAAGGUUCUGAUGCAGUUGACAUGCAGACUGUUUAUGCUAGUCUACCCCGCAACGAUGUCUAUCGCAUAGAAAGAUUAGAAUUCCUUGAUGAGACAGAACUCCUUGAUCAACUACUCAGUCACUAUUGCAUAUGCUGGGCAUGGAACGAUCACAGCAAUAUAGGACUGUCAUCUAUAAAGUUUGGAGACUGAGAUGGUUCAGAUGAUUCUAUCCAAAAUUAAAGCUGCCUACACACAGGUGCAAAGGAAGAUGAAUCUCCGAGGAGUUGAGGUUUGUUGCCAUGGCAAUCUAUCAUCAUACCACCGGGAGGAGCAGUGUUAUCAAAUAAGCUUUGGAGAUGUGCAGAUUACUUUGAAAGUGUUUACUGUCUGAAGUGUUUCCAUGAUAUAAAGCAUUGAGAUAAAGCAUUGGCUAAGAGAUGGUUUGCUUUCUUGUUUGGUAUUUUUAAAAAAGAACAAAUAAGAAUGCAUACAGUAUGUAUUUGAGAAACAUCGAUUGGAACGUUCAUUUUUUAAGCGUACGUCAGCCUCAAAACUGCUCUAUAAUGCUAAUUCAGGUACAUAUCCAUUGCAAGUUCUGUAUCUAUCCAAAAUUCAUAAAUGUAUAAUUAUUUUACUUGUACUGAUUAAUAUAAAAUUAUUUCUUGACUAAAAUCUAGUCGUUUUAAAGCAUGGUUCAAAAAGAUUUACAGCCAAUUUCUGAUUAGUUAGUCAUUGGUUUCCUCAUUGCCUACAGACCAUUAAGUGCUUUUAUGAAAUAAAGCGAAAGUGUAAGAUGUCAUAUUAACUUGCUUAUCUUAUAUCUGAAUUCGAUGACAUUUUCAGUGUUACGCUUCUUUGAUUUUCUCUUUCUAUUGCCAUCAACUAUUUGUCGGAGUGCACUCUCCUUUCAUUAAAAAUGAAUAAGUCUGGAAUAAGCAAUGUAAAACUUUGUAGAUUGUGUUCUGGAUAACGUGUGCUCAUGUUUGCUAUGCAAUCUCAAAAUAGCCUGGGCUAUGUUAUAAUGUACAGUGGAGUCAAAUUUAUCUCUUAAAGGGGAACCCAGCCUUGGUCAUAAAUGUCGUGUUGGAAAGGAGAAAAAUAAAGAAAACAGACUGUUGAAAAUUUGAAAGAAAUCGGACAAGAGUUAAGAAAAUUAUGGCUGCUUUAAAUUGAGAUCCCUAAGACUAUAUAUUUUUAAUUGGCAACUGGGUUAGUAAAUUAUGACAAGGGGCAAGGACAACUUUCUCAUAGGCCAUGUACUUAAUUAUAAGGGAUUUGUGGUUUUCUCCUAAGUACCCAUUCCCCUAGGGGCAGUUAUCUGAAUAUAACCCAGGUAGUAUAUUGUUUUAUGUCCUCAUGAAAGAAUAAUAUAAUUUGUAGUUUAACUUUUGAAGAAAAAAAUGUCAAUGGAGUACAUGGAAGAGUAGCCUUUGUCUUACAUCACUAUAACAUCAACAUCAUAUGUGUGGCCAAUUUGAAGUCUCUAUGAGUAAAGUGAUUACCAAUUUUUACACAUUUUUACAAUUCAUACUUUUAAUGGUUUUCCAAGAGAGAAAGAAAUGUCUUGGGGAAUAUGAAAUAAUGUUCCAGGGUGCAUCAUCUGUGUGUUCCUGUACUAUUUACUCCCUUUUUUUUUGUCUCACCUGCUUAGCAGAGCAAGACUAUAGGCGCCGCUUUUUCGAUGGCGGCGGUGUCAUCAACAUUGAAAUCUAAACCAAGGUAAAGUUUUUGAAAUCAUAACUUAGAAAGUAUAUGGACUUAGUUAAUGAAACUUGGACAUAAGGGUGAUAGUGUAUCACUGAAGAUCCUGCCUGAGUUUUAGGUCACAUGACCUAGGUCAAAGGUCACUUAGGGUCAACAAACUUUGACCAUGUUGGGGGUAUUUGUGGAAUUGUCAUCAUAACUUUGAAAUUUUAUGGAUCUAGUUCAUGAAACUUGGACAUAAGAAUAACCAUGUAUCCCUGAAUAUCCUGUUCAUGUUUCACAUCACCAAGAUCAAAGGUCAUUGAAGGUCAAUGAAUUUUGGCCGUGUUGGGGGUAUUUGUGGAAUUUUCAUCAUAACUUUAAAAUUUUAUAGAUCUAGUUCAUGAAACUUGGACAUAACAGAAACCAUGUAUCCCUGAAUAUCCUGUGUGUGUUUCAGGUCACAUGACCAAGAUCAAAGGUCAUUUAAGGUCAAUGAAUUUUGGCCAUGUUGGGGGUAUUUGUUUAAUUGGCAUCAGAACUUAGACAGUUUAUGGAUCUACACAUGUAGUUCAUGAAACAUAGAUAUAAGGGUAAUCAAGUUUAAAUUAUAGUUUUGCACACGUCUUAGGUCACAUGAUCAUAGUCAAAGGUCAUGUUGGAUCAAUGGACAUAGUACAUGUAUUUUAUUAUCAUAGACCUGUACGAGUGUUUUCUUUUGUAAAUAAUUAUUCUAUAGCUAUUUACAAAGUCAGCACUGCUGCUAUAUUGAAUCGCGUAAUGCAGGCGAGACAGCCAGAGGCGUUCCACUUGUUUAAUACUAAGUAGUAAAUGUAUUUACUUAAUAGUGCAAGAGGAAAUACAAAAUGGAUAGUAGUCUAAAUGCAUUUUUUCAUCCUUAGUUUUCAGGGGCGGUAUUCUGAGGUCAUUUUAUCUUUAAAAUAUUUUAUUUUAUCUCUUAGAAUGAAAUUGGUAUUCUGAGAUGACAUUUGAUCUCUCAGAUAAAAUCUUGCGUAUCUAUGAUGAUACGCAACAGAGCAGUGGCUGCGUAGACAUACCAAUCGCUUAUCUGGCCAUUGCAACGCGGGUGAUGUGCUUGCGCCCAAGUUACUUUAAAGAAAAGUAAAAAAGACUUUAAUAAAAGAGGGUCGGGGCUAUUUUAUCUCCGCGACGUUGAUUUCGUCAAUAUUUCUAGGGGAAUCCAAAUGUUGGCAUGAAAAUUAAGAAAAAUUAUAUAUUCAUUGAGAACACCUUAACGUUAUUCCUGUACAAUCAGGAAGUAUUUCAUUAGACUUUUCUUGACUAAUAUUGUCUUUGAAAUGAUGCUUGAAAAGGUGUGAUAAAGACUUCGAAAAAAAAAAAAAGUAUUGCCAUUUUUGUUAAAAAGAAAUCUCUGUAAAGACGCGCAAGCGUAUUUGAAGUCAAUAAAUUGACGCAAUCUCACUCCUUCGCCACACCUAGCGGAAUGGAUUUCCAUUGGUUGAGUGAUAUGAGAGAGCUAUAAAAGCGCGUUUCUAAUUGGAUGUUGAUUGUUCUCAGAAUACCAAUUCAGAGAGAUUUUAAGGGUAUUUUAUCUCACUGAUUUUAAGGGAGAUAAAAUAUUUUAUUUUAUUAAAAUAUUUUAUUUUAUCUGAGAUAAAAUGGAUCUCAGAAUACCACCCCUGGAAUUUAGAGAGACUGUGGGCUAAGUUCAGUUCACCUAAUCACCUGGAGAUGGGUUGUUGGACCAAGCGGUAAAAGAUUAAAUGGGCAUAGACUAUGGAAUUCAGUCGAGCGAUAAGUAAGAGGCAAUUGCAUUUAGACCAAAUUGUGAAAUGAGCCCUAGUGCCCUACACAUAUUAUCCUUACAUGUCUGCAUUGACAUCAUCCGCCAUGUUAGAGGCUGAAGCUACUGCCUUGCAUGCAAAUGCAUCAAUUAGUGAUCUGCAGCUGGCACAUCUCUGACAACUCUACACAUAUCCCUAUAUCCUCUGAGGGAGGGCGCUAAGAUAUUAUGACAUCACAUGCACAAGGUCUAUUGCUACACAUUCACUCUACAUCGCAACAGGCUAUUGAUCUCUGACUUUCAAGUCUGAUGCAUCUUAUGGUACAAAAUUAUGAUUAAAUGCAGGGCAUGCAGGGUCAAGGCUUAUUUUGUAAUCGCACAUUUACUGAUUUUCAGUAACCUUUACAUUCACAGGCUGCUUUAAUCACAUUUCACCAAUGAAGAAACACCUUUCUUAUCCCACUAUCAAAAUGUAAUUUCAAGGGAUUUACAAACACAUCGAUUCGCUGUGAUUAUCAACAGGGAUGUAGUCAAGGCCGGAACUUCCGCUAGUGAAAGCAUUCUCCCAUAGACUUUGUACUUGUGACUCCAGCCGAGGCCUAAGCCAAGGCCGGCAAAAUAUUGCUACAUUGUAUUUCUAACAACUCAAUAACAUCUUAGUUUGUCACUAUUCAUAUGGAAGCUUUCUUAGAAUGUGGGAAAAUUAAAAUAUCCACUUACUGACUGGAUCUUGAACUGGAACCUUUGUACCAACCCCUACUAGCUUGUGUGCCACUCCUCAUUAUUCAAGGCAAGUCACCAGCCAACGAGCUGCUCCAAUUAAGUUCCUGCAGCACCCUGUGCUUGCCUGCUGCAGUCUGCUUAGCAAUUACUGCAUUGCCUUGUGCAGUAAACACACACAAUAGCCAUCGAAACACAGUGAGGGAUUGCCUGCUAUGGCAGGUAUGUUUAGCCUAUUCAUAAACAAAUUAGGGAGUGAAUUAGAGUUACCCAACCAUGCAGACUCUCAUUAUGGCUACAUGUAAUAGAAAGGAGGGUCUAAGAAGUCAUUUGGCAAAUUUUUCAUCAAUACAAAUACUUGGGGGGUCAUUUUAUUGGAUCCUGUUUGAACCCAAAAGCUCAUUUGUUUUCACUCUUAGCUGUGGAUAUGAAAAUAUUGCCAGUAGGAUGGGAGGGACAAGCAUGGCCAUAAGCUUAAAUUUUUGGGGUUGGGGUGCCUUUGCCUUUUGUAAACUGAAAAAAGGAUUUCAUGCAUACUUUUGUUGAAAAUGAAAGUCGUUUUCAAUUCUUGGGGGAAGUGCCCCCCUCCCACGCCGCAUAUGGCCACGAGGACAAGGGCAUGCAAGAAAACUGCAGAGCUUGUGCAAAUACAAGCCCCUUUUACUGAAAUUGGUCUAUAGAAAUAUCCUUACAUCUUCCAUUUAAAUGUGGAUGUAGUAAUUUUGAUGUCACGUUAUGCCACCAUACCAUCUCUUUAUGGACGUUUCACAGGUGUUCAAUAAAUUUGAAGUUGAAAUAUAA